UUAGGGGCUCAAACGCUGCAGGAGAUGUACGGCUGUGAUCUCCUGGAGGAUGGUGGCACCAAGGGAUACUAUCGGAUUGCCUACGACAGGAAGGAUGUCAUCACCACGAUGACAUUCACCGCGGCGGACAAAGCGGCACAGGUCACCAAGAGGAACUGGGAGAAGGACGGGGCUGAAGCCGAGAGAAUGAAGCACUACCUGGAGAACACCUGCAUCGAGUGGCUGAGGAAAUUCGUGAGCUACGGACGGGCCGUGCUGGAGAGGAAAGAGCCCCCCACGGUGCGAGUGUCGGGGAAGGAGGCCGACGGGAUCCUGACCUUGUCCUGCCGCGCUUACGGCUUCUACCCGCGGCGCAUCGCCGUCAGCUGGCUGAAGGACGGCGAGGUCAGGGACCAGGAGACCGAGCGGGGCAGCGUGGCGCCCAACAGCGACGGCACCUUCUACACCUGGGCCUCCAUCGAGGCCCGUCCGGAGGAGAGGAGCAAGUACCGGUGCCGCGUGGAGCACGCCAGCCUGCCCGAGCCCGGCCUCUACGCGUGGGAGCCCGAGUCCAUCCCGCUCGCCGUCGUGCUGGCGCUGGCUGCGGCCAUCCUGGCUGUCGUGGCCAGCAUCGCUGGAUUCAUCUUGUGGAAGCGCCGGUCGGGUAAAGCCGCGGGGCCGGCGAGGCAGAGGGUGCGGGAGGAAGGGAAGAAGAUGAUGAUGAUGAAGGGCUACAACGCUGCGCCACGCACGGACGGGGCUCCGGCAGCGCAGCCGUAG